AGCGACUCCAGAACAGAUGCAGAGAUGGAUUUCUGUCUUUCUUUCUUUCUUUAAAACUGAAAACACUGGAUCACAAGCUGCUCAGGUUUAAGUGAAUACAGUGCCGCGCUUUACUCUGAAACACACACAGCUUAUUUAACUAAACUGCAGCCUUUGUGAUUUCGUAAUCACGUGAAGCCACAGCUUCAGUUUGAUGUGGAUUCAUCACGAGACGCUGACAGAGUGUUUCUGUCUGAGUUCAGGUGUGAAUGUUAAGACAGGUCACGUGUUUCCAGCCUCGUUCACACAUCGAGGACCAGCGGAGGAGCUCCGAUCCGCUCGCUCCUUCUCUGGUGGACAGAUGGUUGAAGUGUAUGACUCCAGCAGAGAGCUCGUGAAAAUCGAGCCGUGCAGAUGGACACCGAACAAUGACAUGGCCUUCUGGCUGUCCCAAGAUGAUGAAACCAUCCUGCAGUAUUUGUCCACGUCUCCACACGCAGAGCCUCCUCACUUCGUGCAUCACAUCAAAUCCACCAUCCAGUUUCUUCUGGAUCAUCCGAGCGCAGACGGGCUGUUUCCGGGCGGUCAGCCGCAGCUGUACCGCCGCGCUGAGGACGGCCGCUGGAAGAGAGCCUAACCGCUGACCUCUGACCCCCACUGUAACCCAACGAAAGGCCUUUGACAUCUGCUCCUUUACACUGAUCUGAACUGAAGCACUGGUUGAAGCUCAGAUCGAGUGUUUAAAGAGUGAAAUCUCUCUUGACUGCACCUUCCAGCCCUUACAUAAAAACAACAGUCCGUGAACCAUUUCAUUUUUAUUUCAUGUUUGUUCUGUAUGUCAAUGCAAAUGUGUUCUUUAUUUUACGCUAACAGGAUAUGUGUUUUUCCUAACAUCUAGCUGCAUCUCAUUUGCUCACUGAACAUUAAUUUUGGAAACCGUAAAUAAAGUUGUGAUCCU